AUGAAUAUUACAUUGCCCCACGCGUUGCAUCAACACUUCAACUUACGCAGUUUAUCAGAGUGUGGAAACGGUUCCAAGAAAGAGGCGGGUUAUCGAAAUUUCAAGGGCAGCAUCGAAAAGGAACGGGGUUACCAGGAACCGAUGAAGCGAAUUAACUUGGAGAGUCGCGAGAGCUGCCAAAAUGAAGCCCUACAAAUGGUGGGGGACAGUGGCGUGGGCAAGACUAAUCUGCUCUUGCGGUACACUACGGGGGAGUUCGAUAUGAACCACGCGAGUACACUGGGGGUGGAGUUGAGUAGAGUGGAGCAGACCAUAGAUGAUGACCAUGUCAUGGUCGACUUGUGGGACACUGCCGGUCAGGAGCGAUUCAAGAGUCUGAACAAAGUCUACUUCCGAGGUGCCCAUGGUGUAAUACUAGUCUAUGACAUCACCAACCACCACUCUUUCGAACAACUGAAGUCGUGGUUCACAGUGGCCAAGGAAAACGGAUGUGACCCUAUGAAGUGUGUGUACCUGUUGAUUGGCAACAAGAAUGACCUGGAGGAUGUCAGGGCUGUGGACAUUUCGGAAGGCGUCUCCUUUGCGCGCACAAUCAACGCCAACUUUUUCGAGACCAGUGCUCUUAGCUCGGACAACGUUGAGAACGCCAUGAACGAUUUGAUCGAAGAGAUACACCGCGUGAACAAAACGAGCAACAUCAAAAACACAAAUGCCGACACCAUUCAACUGAAGGAAGGUCAAGAGGUGAAGGCUAAAGGAGGCUGUUGUUCGAAAAGUUGA